AUGCCCCUGCCCGAUGGCGAGCGAUCUCAGGCGCAAAUCAAUAGCGUUUUUGGCGAUGAGCAGGUGGAUGCGGAAACGGGCAACUACAUUCUCAACGUGAUAUACUGGAGAAGAGCAUCGGGGGCGUUGAUUGAUGUUGGGAUUCGGUUUCCGAAUGACAGUCGCGUGACGGACCGGCAAGCUGCGAAAGCGCUGGACUACAUUCGUUCGCUCGAUCCGAGUUUUGAUGAACAAGCUGCUGCGCAGGUGUGGGCGGAGGAGGAAUCAGUGAGGUUACAGCAACAAUUGGAGGACCGGGCUGUGAAACUACGACUUUACAAACGGGACGAGCCGCAGGAGGAGGAGGAGGAAGCCGAAGAGGACCAAGGUACCGCCUAUGGCCGCUCACGGAACCGCGAGAGUCAGCUGGAACAGCUUCAAGCUUCGAACGAGGCAAUCAAAGAGGCCGAAGCAGCACGCAAAGCAGUCGCAGAGGCCAAAGCCGAGGGCUCCGCCUUGCAUACCCACCGCGGUCCAUUAGAACUGGCCGGUGGGGUGCAGCCAUCGGUCGAAAUGGUGACCUACACCGGGAGAGAUGGCAUCACGAUUUCUCGACCCAAGCAGCAAGCAUGGCUGCAACCAGUGGAGCGCAAACCGUGGGUAUCGUACUACGAAAAACAGGCCGAACUCUUCCCAAGCGAGUCUAUCCCACAACUCUCCAACCUCCAACGUCUGGGGCCCAGCUUCGCCUUCCUCCUGCUGCUCCUCGGCCUGGCAGUGUUCGUCUCCGAAAACUACACCCCGCCUCCCAACAGCGCGCGUCUAUGGCCGGACGUCCCUCCAUCCGUGGCCACGCUCUCGGCCCUCACAGGAACCUUCUUCGCCUUCUUCCUCCUCAGCCGCGUCCCUCCCCUCUGGAGAACGCUAAACAAAUACUUCACCGUCGUGCCCGCCUACCCUCAUGCCUUCGGCAUCCUAGGCGCCGCCUUCCGCCACCAGCGUCUCUCACACCUCCUCUUCAACUCCCUCAGCCUCUGGCUCUUCGGCCUCAUCCUUCACGAAGACGUCGGCCGCGGCGCCUUCCUCUCCAUCUUCUUCCUCUCCGGCGCGCUAGGCGCCUACACGAGUCUCUCCUAUCACGUCCUGAGGCGGCACUGGGCGACCUACAUCUUCGGCUCGUCCGGCUGCGUGCUAGGCGUGGUAGCGGCCGCCACGACUCUGCAUCCCAAUUCCACGAUCAAAGUCUUUGGUCAGGACGUGCCGAUUGCCGUGUGGUUGUGGUUGGCGCUGUACGGAGUCGCGGAGGCUGUGGCGAUGUUUAGGUUCAAGGGGCUGGGCAUUGAUCAUGCGGGACACUUGGGUGGGCUCGUGGGCGGGUUUGCUUCGGCGCUGUGGUUGCAGCAGAAGGCUAGAGAGCGGAAGAUUGCGCUUGGAAGGGAGGCAGGGAGCGCUGUGCCGGUCGAAGUGAAUGAGGUCAAGGCAGCGCCGAGUUGA